AUGACGACAACCUUUACAUUUAUUGCAACCCUAGUUUCAUUUCUUCUACCUCUGGUAGCUGCUUACGGAUACAAUGAUUUGGAGAUUACUUCAUGGUGUGGUCAAACACCACACCCAGAAUCAUGCAACUACUUCUUAGCCAACAAUCAAUAUUAUUCAGGUCCGGUGAUCAAACAAAAACCUGACUUCGUUAAGGCCUUAUUAAAAGUGACCCUAGAGAGGGCGCAACACGCUGAGUCGAAUACUCGUGGGCUUGGCCCAAAGUGUCGUAACAAGCUUGAAAAGGCUGCAUGGGAUGACUGCAUUGAGCUUUAUGAACACACAGUUGAAAGGCUCAACAUGACUGUUGAUCCUCACAAGCCGUGUAACCAAUACGAGAUGCAAACCUGGCUCAGCACGGCUCUCACAAAUCUAGAGACGUGUAGAGCUGGGUUCCAAGAGCUUGGUGUUGAUGGCUACAUGUUGCCGCUAAUGAACAAUAACGUGUCUUCUUUGAUUAGCAAUACCUUGGCCAUGAAUAAAGAAGGAGGAUCUCCACCGGAUAAUUACCAGAAAGGGGGGUUCCCAACUUGGGUGAAACCAGGAGAUCGCAAGCUGUUACAAUCUUCAAAUCCUGCGUCUCAGGCAAAUGUUGUGGUGGCUCAAGAUGGUUCGGGUAAUUACAAGACAAUAGGAGAAGCUAUCGCGGCUGCUGCAAAAAGGUCUGGUAGUGGUAGAACAUAA